GAAAAUUUUGAUAUGCCGGAUGUAUGGCUUCAGGAACAAUGUACAGUAUGAAGUACGAUUGCAAAGGAAUCAUCAGUUCACACAUGAAUGUGUAGAAGAUUUGCCAACAAUAUCAAAAUGUAACUUAUCGCAGUACGGUGUAGUUUUGGAUUUAAUUUGUGGACAUGUUGCUAUAGUUGCAUCUAACGAGAUAGAAAAGGAAACUCCUGUUAUGCACGAAGUCACCCCUAAUAUCACCAUCAGAUACAACGCCAUCUAUAUAUUGAUAAUUAAUUUGAUAUCAUCACCAAUGAAAAGGCGUUGGUCGGCUUAGAAACAUAUUGUACUUCAAAAGUAGUCUCCAAAUUAGUUUCACUGGUAACCAAAAUGUACUUAGGAUUUAUGAUUAUGGUUUCAAACUAUUUAUAAAGAUCAUUGAGAAAUAGGAGGGCACAAUUAAGA